GCGGGCGGCUGUGCGCAGGCGCGGCGGUCGCGCGGCGGUCGGUCGGUGGAGCAGCCGGCAGCCAUUGUCGCCGCGGCCGCAGAGCGGUUCUCUCACGGCCAGCAGGACUCGCCGCUCCGCGACGCACCAACCUUAAUAUGAGUGGCUGCCGUGUCUUUGUUGGACACUUGAGCUCACGUGCUCGUGAACGGGAUGUAGAGAAGUUCUUCAAAGGAUAUGGUCGCAUACGAGAAAUCCAUCUAAAAAAUGGAUUUGGGUUUGUGGAAUUUGAAGACCACAGGGAUGCUGAUGAUGCAAUUUAUGAACUAAAUGGUAAAGAGCUGUGUGAUGAAAGGGUCACCAUUGAACAUGCUCGAGCCCGAAGAGGAAGGGGAAGAUUCUCCCAGCGCUUCAGUUAUUAUCAGUCUCAGAGUGGAUCUAGCCGGUAUGGGCCUCCUGUUCGUACUGAACACAGGAUCAUUGUUGAAAACCUUUCAUCCCGUAUCAGCUGGCAGGACUUGAAAGAUGUCAUGAGAAAGGCAGGGGAGGUCACCUAUGUGGAUGCACACAGAAACAACAGGAAUGAAGGGGUUGUGGAGUUUGCAUCUUACAGUGACAUGAAGAGUGCACUGGAAAAACUGGAUGGCACUGAGCUGAAUGGACGCAGAAUUAAACUGACUGAAGACCACAGAAGGCAUAGAAGCAGAUCUCGAUCAAGGAGUUACUCAAGAUCUCGCAGCAGGUCCAGGUCUACAGGAUCUUCCAGAUCGGACAGCCGGUCCCGGUCCAGGUCAAGGUCCCGGUCCAGGUCCAGGUCUCGCUCUCGAUCCCGAUCUCGCUCUCGAUCCCGCUCUCGUUCUCGCAGUCGUACUCCUAAAAAGAGUUACUCCCACAAAAGCCACCGCUCCAGCUUGAUAGCUUCUUCCCCUUCUCCCUCGUCUUCUAAAAGAAAAUCUCGUUCUAGGUCGAGCUCUGCUCAUAGCCGUAGUUAACCUGCUUUGAGAGAUGUAUUAAUUAAUUUGAUUCAAGUUUCUUGAAGACUUGAGACAAGUUAUAUAUGAGAUCUGGGAGGGGAAGAGUUAACAUGAUGAAAGGGUGACCUCCUCUUACAUUGCCAAAGUGCCUGUCAUCAAAUAGGCCAUCUCUGUGAGGAGGGGCUGGCUGUCAGCUUUCUUCUUUCAGUGAAGUCUGGAGUGGGAAGUCUUUUUUAUUUUUUCCCCUGCUAUUAGUAAACAUUUCUAUCAUAGAUAUAUUAUGUACACAUAAUGCUGAGGUAAUGGGAUGAGACAAUACGCUGCUUUCUCCCUCUCUUGCCCCUACUUUCCCCUCCACCUCCAAGGCCUUUGACUUCCAAAAUACUAUGUUAGCUUUUGUCCUUGGUAUUAAGUCUGAGAACAGGAAGUAUAGAUUUAAUUCCUUUAAGGUUCUGUGGCUACUUUUCUGUGCGAGAAUGAAUGGACCAGAUUAAAUUAGUUUAGAGUUCCCUGUUUUCCCUGUUGCUUGGCUUAACAGGCUGUUUAAGUUCCAGCUUUACAUGACCUUGACAAUAUGCUUAAUUUGUAAAAGACUUUCAGGAAUACAUAUUGGUUAGUUGAAUAUUGGUCACUUGGAUAAUGAAAGCUGGAAUGUUCUGUUAAAAUGAGAAGUACCAUCCAGAUGUCAGGUUUAUUGGGAAUCCAUUAUAAUAAUUUUACAGUAAUUCACUAGUAUGUGGUAUUGUAUGUAUAGGCCUUAUUUGACAGGUGACUUCAUAAAACUGCACAGAAAUGUCAAUAUGCAUGUCCAUGUUUUUGAUGUUUAUAAAAGUGACAUAGCUUUCAUACCCAAAAGUGUGAUACUGAAUAACAUGUGUAUGACUAGCAAUAGUCUUGAUGGAAAGGAAGGUUAUUUUAGUAAUGAGAGCAGCAGAAAGAAUUCCCAGGAAAAGUGUAGUCAAAAUCUCCGGAAUGCACAGUUGUUUUAAUUAAUAGAAAUUUCCACUGCAAAUACUGUUGUUCUUACAAUUUGGAAUUAGAUUUUUUUUUAACUUCUGUAUUGUCAAAGAAGGGAAACAUUUUUGGAAAAAAUAUGUAAAUUAAUCCCAAAGUCUUACAUGUAUUUAAAUGUACCAUUCCUAAUAAAAUCAAACCUUUUUCUGGCUUAUUUGGCA